UCUCCACCAAUCACUUUUUAACAAGUGCUAAAGUCGCAUACGGCCGACCGUUAAAAUUUGCCAUGAUUCUCGUCCACUCAGCCCGCCAUUUUACGACUGCAAGAUUCACUCAGCCAGAUUCGGCCCUCCCGCGGCGGCGCUUCCGCGUGAGGUCGAGUUUGCCGUUCGGUACUGAAAAGGCCAACUACUAUCGAGAGCUGGAAGCUGCCGUCGAUGUCGUGGAGAGAGCUUGCGCGCUGUGCGUUGACAUCCAGUCGUCGGUGCUAUCAACUCAACGGCGGAUCGUUGAAAAGAGCGACCAGACUCCGGUGACGGUGGCGGAUUUUGGAGUCCAGGCCCUCGUCAGUUUGGAGCUUGGGAAACGAUUCCCUUUGAUUCCAUUGGUAGCGGAAGAAGACUCCGCGUUUGUUCGGUCGAAUAAUCUGGUGGAGCCGGUGCUCAAUGCGGUGCUUGACAAAUCUAGUAUUGGAGAGAACCCAUGGACGGCUGAUGAAGUAUUGGAAGCCAUUGACAGAGGGGGUCCAGAGGGUUUUGCUUUCGGAGCUCAGCCCGCCACUUAUUGGGUACUUGACCCCAUUGAUGGCACAAAAGGAUUUGUGGAGGGAAAUCCGGCGUUAUAUGUGGUUGGCUUGGCACUUGUUGUUGAUGGAGAGGUUGUAUUAGGUGUCAUGGGCUGCCCGAACUGGAAGAAUGAUAUAUCGAACAAAUCCGCCUCUGAAGUCCAGGAAGAAAAAAGCAGUCCACCUGGAUCAGGGAUUAUUAUGGUUGCACAUACAGGCUGUGGCACGUGGACAAAACGUUUGUCAUCUGUUGUAAAUUCCACAGCCAAAAUGCCUUAUUCCUGGACACGAUGCUUUGUUGAUGGGUCUUGUAUCGUGGAAGAGGCACGAUUUUCUAUCACAGAUAGUGAUGUAUGGAAGUCAUUUCCGCUAUCAUCUUUAUUCAGCUCCACAACUAAUGCUGAUUGCAUUGAUGAGUGCGAAAUUCUUCUUGUAAAAUCUUGUUGUGGAAGUUUAUCCAAGUAUAUAAUGGUGGCUUCAGGUGUGGCAUCUCUUCAUAUGCAGCGUGUGAAAGUUCAUAAAAUUAUCAAGGCUUGGGAUCACGCUGUUGGUGUUAUAUGUGUGCAUGAAGCGGGGGGAAAGGUGACUGACUGGAAGGGAGAUGAACUUAAUCUAGCAGCAGAUGAAGUUGGACGGAGGAAUAUAUACCCUUCCGGUGGAAUCCUUGUGACUAAUAGCACCUUGCAUAACCGGCUUGUCGAGAUGAUAUCUUCCAGUUCGUCCACUGUUUCGCGGUGAUCAUUAUAUCACGUCGGUACAAUGAUUUUUAAACUACUAUAUGAUUGUAAUAUUUGUUAAAGAAUUUGAAAGAAAAUCAUUCUUUCGGAAUGCCGUAUGAUUUAUUGAUUCUUCUUCAUUCACAUUGUAUGAGAAACCAGAUUCUUAAUAAGGCAAUGUAAUAACCAAACUUUGUAUUAGAAGAAAAUUUCAGUUCA